AGCCACAGAGAAUUGCGCUGUUCGUCCGAGACAUGUUCGUUUUCCACGACAAAUCCGUCUCCACUCUAGUUUUAAAAGUAUCGGCAUUGGUCAGCGCGGGGUAUUGUUAUUAUUUUUUUUUGUCUUAGUCGUCGUCGACAUUUCUCUCGUGUGACCGUGAAGUAUUGAAUACUUCGUAAUUAUUCAUUGCCGUUCGGACGUCCGCUCAACGCUCAGACAGUCAGACCAAAAUACCAAAACAAAAAAAAACAUCAUCCAAAAUUCCAAGCGAUUAACGAACUGUUAUGUUCCGCCGUUUCGGUAAAUCUGGCAACGUCGCCCGAGCGGUUUGCCCUUGCCCCUCCUACCGCCACGGCAACGUCGUUACCGAAACCGUAAACGUAACGGCGACGCUUACUGUCAAGUCGUAACGCCGAGCAUCGCUGCCCCUCGUUACGAAAACGAUGGAUGGUUUGUCGAAUGCGCGGGUGCGCUUUAUCAGUCGUGUGGUGGAUUGCCAUCUCUCUUACACCGGCAAUCCUCUUGUAGUUGACUGUGACGGCACUGACAACCACGACAGAAUAGAGGUAAAUAUGGCCAAGAAAUCAGCAUUUUUAGUUUUCUUAAAUUGUCAUAGGAUUGACGAAAUUAAGAAAGGAAAUAAAAAUCCAUGCUUUAAAGAAUUGUCUACUAAAUUAACACCUGUAUGGAAUGCUAUGAAUGAUAAUGACAAAAAAAUGUACAAAGAUCUUGCUCAUGAAUAUAAUUCUAGUCUAGUUGAAAACCAGCCGAUAAAACAAAUUAGUGAUGUGCAGAAUUAUAGCAAUGAUUUUUGGAACAUGCAGAAAUAUUUAACUAAGAUGUUUGAAUGUAUACCUAACCAUACAGAAUUAUUAGAUAAAAAGUUUUUUUUAUUGCACAUAAAUUGUCAUACUCUCGAUGAAGAACAGUAUUAUUUUCCUGCUGAAAUAGCAGCAUUAGAAUUUAGUUUAAAAAAUGGUUUAUCUCGCACAUAUCAUCAAGUUAUUGGUAUUUCUAAAAUUUACCCAAGAGGUUUUGCUGGAGGCAUGAGAGAAUUUUCUGACAAAUUUCAUCAAAUUUCAUGUUUCAAUGAACAUCCUGAUGAUUAUCAAAAAAUAUUAUUGGAAUUUUCAACAUUUUUAAAGGAUGGAGUAAUCAAUCAGGCAGAUUUACAAGAGGGCACAUUGGACUUACCAUAUUUGUUCACUACAGAGACAGAAGUUGGUACAAAUAUAAUGAAUACUAAAAAUAGCUUGGAAAGACUUUACUGUAUGGCUUUUCCAAAAGUUGGUGCUGAACGUGCUAAGUCAAUAUUCAAAAUAGGAAGUACCGAGAAAUUAUUGUUUGAAAUCCAAAGAAAAUUUAAUCUUCACUUGGAUCCACAAAAUUUAAGAUCCGGAAACUCAGUUUAUGACAUUUUAGAAUUGGAUAUGUAUGGAUGUGGUCUUGGUUGUCAGUACCACGAGAUGAGAGAUAUUGCAUAUAGAUGUUCCAAAGCUCGUAUUUUGCAAUGGAUGUCAAAUAUUUGCAAGUACAUAAGUUCAAAUGUGUAUUUAAGACUUAUACCUGGCAAACACGUAGCAAUUGAAUUACAAAAUGGUUCAAAAUUGAUGCUUGAAAAUUCGCUCUUACCUCUAUCAACAACAGAUUUAAUACUGACUAACUAUACAUGAUUAUUUUCAUUGAUGAUAUAUUGUACGACUCAAAAAAAUCAUUUACUCUUACACAAACACAACUAGUAUUAUAAUUAGUACAUACAGAUGCCAUAUUUGAUUUUAUACACAUACAUUUUCAACCAAAGUUAUAUUUUAAUAUAUCAAAUAAAUAUAUUUAUUCACAUAAAUAAUGUAUUGACAAUUCAUAAUAUAGUUACCAUUUACUAUACGACCUUAAAUGUAUUAAUAUUUCAAGAAUUAAUAAAAAAACAUGACAUUUUAUUUACAGCUAUGCGUACUAAAAAUGUGUCACCCUUAUAAUAAGUUAACAACUUAUAAUACUCACCCCAAAAUACUCUAAAUAUUAAUUUAAUAAACAUACCUAAAUACAUGUGAAUUUUUAUUUUUUAGACUAUUUUAUCUCGCCUUAAGUUAUUUAGCUUACGUUUUAAAAAUUUCACAAUAAUUUUUAUGAAUUAUGAACCAUUAUUAAUAAAAAAAAAUUGUUUUUGAAGACUAAGUAAAAUAUUAUAAUUAACAACAUUUUUUAUAAUACUUUCAUUUAGAAUAAUAGGCAUUCAAAACACAUGUUAUGAUAAAUAUUUUUGUGAGUUAACGUCUUUCUUUAAAAAUUUAGUAGGGCCCCUAGUACCUUUUGGUUGAUUUGUAAAAAAUACACACUGGACAAAUGAAAAGUAAUAUAUAAUUAUUGCCGACUCAAGUUUUUGAUUAUUGUUUUUGUUACCCUUUGAUCAAGACAGGCGUUGGCUACACCGCGGAGCUCAUCAUGUUAAAUUUAGUAUUAUCAAAAAAUGUUUUCUAUGCAAUGCACAUAUUACAUACUACUUUUGGAUUAAUUUUACGAAUUAAUCAUGACUAUAAUUCAUAAUGAAUGAAAAUAGGUAUACCAUACACAUAAAAACAAUUUACAAUAGAGUCUUUAUAUGCUACUCCGGACAAUCUAUAUUUCGUACUUAAGUACUCAUGUAUAAUGUAUAUAUUUAGGAAUAUCUAUGAUUAAGGUAUUAUCUUAAUAAUAACAAUAAUAAUUUGUAAUGUAAAAUUGUGAAUCAAUACAUUUUGAAUUUGUACAACUA